GCCUUGAUUGGUGGGAGAUUUUUGGAGAAAAAAUAGAUAACUCGUAAUGCUGCAAUGGAAUAUCAAGCAUGGAUGAUGGAUAGUAUGUCUCUGUCAAUGGACGUAUAUAUAAACCAACACAGCACCAACCACUUGCCUGCAACUUUCUGAGUCAUAACUAACAUGACAAUGGAUACUUGUAAAACCUCUCCACAUUUGCUGAUACUUCUUUGCUUUGCUUCAUUUCUCCAACUAUGUCAUUCAGCAUCCCAACAAAAGAGCUACAUUAUCUACACUGGCAAUAGCAUGAAUGAUGAGGCUUCUGCGUUGACUCUUUAUUCAGACAUGCUACAAGAAGUUGCAGACAGCAAUGCUGAGCCCAAGUUAGUACAGCACCACUUCAAGCGUAGUUUCAGUGGCUUUGUUGCUAUGCUAACAGAGGAGGAAGCCAAUAGAAUGGCUAGACAUGAUAGAGUUGUAGCAGUCUUUCCUAAUAAAAAGAAGCAACUCCAUACAACAAGGUCAUGGGAUUUUAUUGGCUUUCCACUACAAGCAAAUAGAGCACCAGCUGAAAGUGAUGUCAUCAUUGCAGUAUUUGACUCUGGAAUCUGGCCAGAAUCUGAGAGCUUCAAUGACAAAGGUUUCGGUCCACCACCUAGUAAAUGGAAGGGCACCUGCCAAACUUCUAAAAAUUUCACAUGCAAUAAUAAAAUCAUUGGGGCUAAGAUUUACAAAGUAGAUGGAUUUUUUAGCAAGGAUGAUCCAAAAUCUGUGAGGGAUAUAGAUGGUCAUGGCACUCAUGUAGCAUCAACAGCGGCUGGGAAUCCAGUUAGCACAGCUAGCAUGUUAGGCCUUGGUCAGGGAACAUCAAGAGGUGGCGUGACAAAAGCACGCAUUGCUGUGUACAAAGUGUGUUGGUUUGAUGGUUGUACUGAUGCAGACAUACUUGCUGCAUUUGAUGAUGCAAUUGCAGAUGGGGUUGACAUAAUAACAGUUUCUCUUGGAGGGUUCAGUGAUGAAAACUACUUUAGAGAUGGAAUAGCCAUUGGAGCAUUUCAUGCUGUGAGAAAUGGAGUAUUGACAGUAACUUCAGCUGGAAACAGUGGUCCAAGACCUUCCUCCCUGUCCAACUUUUCACCUUGGUCAAUUAGUGUGGCUGCUAGUACCAUAGACAGGAAGUUUGUUACCAAGGUUGAAUUAGGUAACAAAAUCACCUAUGAGGGUACCUCAAUAAAUACAUUUGAUCUCAAGGGAGAAUUGUAUCCUAUAAUUUAUGGUGGAGAUGCACCAAACAAAGGCGAAGGCAUAGAUGGAUCAUCAUCAAGGUAUUGCUCCAGCGGUUCGUUGGACAAAAAAUUAGUUAAGGGUAAAAUUGUUCUCUGUGAGAGCAGAAGCAAAGCACUAGGCCCUUUCGAUGCUGGUGCUGUUGGGGCAUUGAUACAAGGACAAGGUUUUAGAGAUCUUCCUCCCUCUCUUCCAUUGCCUGGAUCUUACCUUGCCUUGCAGGAUGGUGCCUCUGUAUAUGACUACAUAAACUCUACAAGGUAUCAACUAAAGAUGCCACUUACAUUAACCAAGAGUGUAGAGAACCAUAUAUACUUGCCUAAUAUGGAUUCUUUUUCUUUUUCUUUUUCUUACAGGACUCCAAUUGCAACCAUAUUUAAGACUGAUGAGACAAAGGAUACAAUAGCUCCUGUUGUGGCUUCUUUCUCUUCAAGGGGUCCAAACAUUGUUACACCUGAAAUUCUCAAGCCGGAUUUAGUGGCUCCCGGAGUUUCCAUUCUAGCUAGUUGGUCUCCAGCUUCCCCUCCUUCUGACAUUGAAGGUGACAACAGAACAUUGAAUUUCAAUAUUAUCUCAGGAACUUCAAUGGCUUGUCCACAUGUUUCUGGGGCCGCAGCGUAUGUUAAAUCAUUUCAUCCAACAUGGUCUCCUGCUGCUAUUCGUUCAGCUCUAAUGACAACAGCUAAACAACUUAGUCCCAAGACCCAUCUUCUGGCAGAAUUUGCAUACGGCGCAGGCCAAAUUGAUCCUUCCAAGGCUGUGUACCCUGGUUUAGUAUAUGAUGCUGGUGAAAUAGACUAUGUAAGAUUUUUAUGUGGACAAGGGUAUAGUACAAGGACUUUACAACUCAUCACAGGAGAUAACAGUAGCUGCCCUGAAACAAAGAAUGGUUCAGCAAGGGAUCUAAACUAUGCUUCAUUUGCACUCUUUGUCCCACCCUCCAACUCCAAUAGUGUAAGUGGCAGUUUUAACAGGACUGUUACAAAUGUUGGGUCACCAAAGUCAACAUAUAAAGCUACUGUGACUUCUCCCAAGGGACUGAAAAUUGAGGUGAACCCCAGUGUUCUACCAUUCACUUCUCUUAACCAAAAGCAAACAUUUGUGCUCACAAUUACGGGAAAACUAGAAGGACCUAUAGUUUCAGGCUCUUUGGUUUGGGAUGAUGGUAAGUACCAAGUGAGGAGCCCCAUUGUUGUGUUCAAUACAGCAUAAUGGCUAAGGUUAAUCCAUUAAAUAACUUGAAGCAAAAAUGGCUGCUCUCAUUUUAUUGAUAAUGUAAUAUUGAAAUUUGAAAGUAUUCUAAGUGGCAAGAGUUGAGUGAGGCAUUAAAGUUGAUACCUGAUAGACAAGUUAUCUUAACACUUCACAAGUUCUAAUAACUCAUCUACACGUUCAUUAA